GAGCGGUGUUUCCAUUGGCCGCAGUAGAGGGGGUGAACUAUCUUGACGGUCAGUUUCAGGGGUUCGCUGCUGUCUGCCAGUACUGUACUGUACUGGAGAUGCCAAGAUGGCUGCAAGCAAUUAUUUCGGCUUCACACAUGGUGCCGGUCCCCAAUACAGUGCCCAGCCUCCCCCAGCCUACUCCCAUCCCUCUACAGCAAGUUACAGCGUCCAGCAGGCUCCGGCUGUAGCUCAUGCAGUGACUGCGUCCUACUCACCAGCUCCAGUCCAGGCUGCCCGGCCUGUGGUCUCUGCCGCUUACCCUGCCUAUCAGAGCCACCAGGCCCCGCCUGAAUACGCCUACAGGCAGCCGGACCCCCCAGCUCCCCCACAGCCCACCACCACCCCACAGACGUACCAGGUAUACUCGGACACGCAGGACAAUUACAGCUAUGGACGCCCUGCUGUGGCUGCGACUACCUACGACAACAAACAAUACUACCAGACGAGUAUAGCUUCGGCUCAGAGGACAGCAACAGAGAAUUAUUACCAGACUGUCCCUCCACUCUUUUCUGUUUCAGUAGGAGUAAAGAGUGCUUACAGUCCAGCCCCCACCACUGUGUACAGCCAGCCGCCUCCUCCCCAGAGGCAGGUAACAGCCCUGAAGCCUUUGGCCCCCUCCAGUGCAGUGUCUACCAGCUACAACAUCUACCCAGUGUCCACCAGUGUCCAGCAGCCACCCACACCCAUUUCAUCAUACACCCUCGGUUCCUCCUUCGGCUCCACCGUUUCAGCCACCACCUACUCAGGCAUUAGUUACUCCAAUUAUGAUUCAACUGGCUACACCUCCACAUCUGCCCCCUCCUACUACCAGCCAGCCCAGCAGACUCUUACCCAGCCGCAGCCUCCACCUCAACAGCCACAGCAGCCGCAGCAACCCCAACCCCCCAUCCAGCCACCACCCAAACAGCUGACGAGCUCUUCCUGGAGCAACUCGGGCAGCAACAUGGUGACAGCUCCAGCUGUAAACACCUACAAAAAGCCAACGUUUCACCAGAACAAGCUGCAGAAACCUAAAGGGCCUCCCAAGCAGCCCCAGCUACAUUAUUGUGACAUUUGCAAGAUCAGCUGUGCAGGCCCUCAGACGUAUCGGGAGCACCUUGAGGGCCAGAAGCAUAAGAAGAAGGAGGCUGCCCUUAAAUCAGGGGGACAGACAGGGUCCAGCAACGGGCCCAGAGGGGUCCAGACUCAGUUACGCUGUGAGUUAUGCGACGUCUCCUGCACCGGAGUAGACGCCUACGCUGCCCAUAUCCGUGGGGCCAAACACCAGAAGGUGGUGAAACUUCACACCAAGCUGGGCAAACCUAUACCUUCCACCGAGCCAGUGUUGGUGAAUUCGGCGGCAGUUAUCACCACCUCGACAGCUGGGAAACCUCCAGCAUCCACAUCCACUCCUGCCUCCGUCUCAACCACUUCAACUCCCACUGUAACACCCAAACAGGUGGCUGUGAACACCAUGGCCAAAACAGCAGCACCUGUCAAGAAACCAGCUCCUACUAAAAUAACUGUCAUUUCCAAUAAGCCUGCCAGCGUUCCAGCAGCUGCAGUGACCGCAGCAGCGGCAGCGGUGGUGGCUGCCAAGGUGGAGGAGCCCAUGCAACAGUCAGCUCAGAAGAUGGAGUCUCUGAGUGACAAUGAGGACAGUGACAGAGGUGGAGGCCAUGGAGAUAUCCAGCCGGUGGGACAUGACUACGUAGAGGAGGUCCGUAAUGUUGACGGCAAGGUGAUUCGAUUCCACUGUAAACUGUGUGAGUGCAGCUUCAACGACCCAAACGCUAAAGACAUGCACCUGAAAGGACGAAGGCACAGACUCCAGUACAAGAAAAAAGUGAACCCAGAGCUUCCUGUGGAGAUCAAGCCCAGUAACCGGGCCAGGAAGCUGCAGGAGAGCAAGCUGAAGAAGCAGAAGCAGAAGGCAGUGCUGAAGCGGCAGAGAGACGAUGAGCAGCGCUGGCACAUGGAGAUGAGGUCAGACUCAUGGCCAAAGCGCUAUGAGGAGGACAUGUACUGGAGGAGGAUGGAGGAGGAGCAGAUGUACUGGGGUGAGCAGAGACGCAGGAUGGCUCCUCCACCGCUCAUGAGCCGCCCUGGUAUGCCAGUACCCCCUCUACUGACGUGUGUGCGUCGGCCAGACUCUCCUGAUGACCGUCACAUCAUGGCUAAACACUCCACUAUUUACCCAGUAGAGGAGGAGCUGCAGGCUGUUCAGAGGAUUGUCUCCCACUCUGAGAGAGCCCUCAAACUGGUGUCAGACACGCUGCUGGAUAAGGAGACACCAAUCUCCAGUGUUACUACUGCUGCUGCUGAAGGAGAAGAAGAAAAAGGUACUGAGAACGCAGCACGGCUGCUGAAAGGUGUGAUGAGGGUAGGCAUCCUGGCCAAAGGCCUGCUGCUUCGCGGGGACAGAAAUGUUGAACUCAUCCUGCUGACUGCUAAGAAACCCACCAUCUCUUUACUGAAGAACAUCGCAAAGCAGCUGCCCAAGGAACUGGAAACAUUUUCUGAAGAUCAGUAUGAGGUGCAGGCUCACCCCGAGGAGGCGAACAUCGUGAUAUUUUCAAGCAAGGAGCCCAAAAUGCAGGUGACCAUUUCUCUCACCUCGCCGCUGAUGAGGGAGGACACUGCUGCUGAGAAGGACAAGCAGGCAGGAGGAAAAGCGGCUGAGAAAGAUGUGGCUGAGAAGGACCCUCCAGAUCUUCUGAAUAAGAAGAAGUGUCUUGACUACCUGGCUGCUCUCCGCCACGCCAAAUGGUUUCAGGCUCGUGCCAACGGGCUGCAGUCCUGUGUGAUUGUCAUCCGGGUGCUCAGAGAUUUAUGUCAGCGGGUUCCCACCUGGGGAAAGAUGCCCGGAUGGGCGAUGGAACUGCUGGUGGAGAAGGUGAUCAGCAGUGCCGCAGGUCCGCUCAGCCCAGGAGAGGCCAUGCGGAGAGUCCUGGAGUGCAUCUCCACCGGCAUCCUGCUACCAGAUGGACCAGGCUUAAUGGACCCCUGUGAGAAAGAGCCAACCGAUGCUUUGGAAACCCUCAAGUCUCAAGCUAGAGAGGACAUAACUGCUAGCGCACAGCAUGCCCUGCGGUUGCUCGCUUUCCGUCAGAUCCACAAGGUUCUUGGCAUGGAGUCCCUGCCGGCGUCCAAGGCCAGCGCUCGCAACCGCAAACGUCGACGGGACGGCAGCGAGACGGGCGAAGGAGAGGGGGAGGGCAAAAAAGACAAAAAGGAAGAAGAAGCAGAGAGUGGUUGACUUCUGCCUCCAGGGCAGGAGGCGUUUGCUAGUUUAGAGACUGGUAGAAUGUCACAACUUUAAACCUUUUUCUUAUCUUAAAAACAAUCUUAACACGCAGCUAUACAUAUAUGAAUAUAACUGACUGUACAUGUUACCCUUGAAUUAAGAGGAAUAAUGUGUUGGGGGAUCUGUUACUCAAGCUGACGUUUGAGUAUCCAUUCUGAAAUUCCUUCCUCCGUAUAGUUACUUCAUACAGAUUAAGUGUCUUUUAAAGUGUGCAGAGAAAAUUGGCUCAGUAAAAAAAAAAAAAAGUAGUCAUGAGAAUUACUGAUUGAGUCAUUCCAUUUCCGUUUAAUCGCACACUAACUACUGACCAUCAGCCCUCCCUGUUUAUUCACUAUAGUUAAACGCCACCGUCGAGUACAGUUAAAUUGCUUUCUUUGAUGUCAAAGCCUCCAACUAAAUCAUCAGCACCUUAAGCUUUAUUUCCAAAAGAGUCUGAACUGUUCAGGACAGUUCAGUUUGACCAUCCGACCUUUGAGUCUGGACUCGCUGAACUAAUGUCGGUGCAUGACAUGUGUAAACUGAAAUGUUUUUUUUUCUUUUUUCAGGCUGUUUAAAAAGAAAACAAAGAAAAAAAAAAGAUGACUGUGAGACUGAUCAGUGAGGCUGUUCGGAUCUGGUAUUAACAUCCUGCCUGAGAAAUUUGUUCACAAGUCAACGGCUCUUAGUACAGGUGUGAACUCACAUGACACAUUUGAGAUCUGAUCACUCACACCACCUACAUGUGACCUGUCAGUGUAGGUCACAUGUGCACAGACUCCCUUAAAUAGUCACACAUUUUUGUGAGUUGUUUAGUUUGGAGAGACUCUUUAAACUUUGUGAAAUGCAGGCUAUGAAAAGAUCUCAAUUAUUUGGACCUUCUUGUAAAUUGGGCAUUACAUGUGACACGUGAAGUUGUUUCUUGUAAAAAGAGUCAGUUUCUGUCUUUCUUGCCAACAUUUAUCAGCUGUUUGAACACAUUAUUUGAAAGAAGACAACUUUUUAUUAACGGUAAAAUUUUACAAGUGCACUAAACAUUAACCAACAAAGUCUGCUUCCUUGUUGCACAUGGAGAAAUUCUUCUGACUCCCUUAAGAAACUGCUUAAUUUUGUUAGUUCUUGAGUUAUGAAAAACUUUAGAAUCUUUGUGGAACAAGACCGAUGAAAAUGUGUGAGUCGGGUGUGAGCUGACGGACAUAGAGCUGUCGACUUGUGAUGGAUCACUGAGAAACGGAUGUUAAUCCCUGAACAACCUCAGAGAAGACUAACAUGGUUUUGGAUCGACAUAUAUACAGUACUGUGAUGUUCAUUGUGCCUAAAAUGACACAUUAGUGAUAAAAUAGUGUGACGAUGUUGAGCUAAACUCUUCAUGCCUUCUUUGACCCUCUGAAGUCUCCCGUUGGCCUGUUUCAACAUUUUCUCUGUACACAACUUGAAACGUCGAUUCAGUUGUGAAAUCCAAAUGCUUUGCAUCACACCUUUACAGCAAGGCCGGACAAAAAGAAAAUAAAAAAUAGAAUAAAAAUUGCUUAACCUUUUGAAAAUACAUCAUUUAGGAUUUUGUGAGAAACGCACAAAGACAGAGGAGCUCUGCUGAGGUUUUCUGUGGAGGUCACACUGGAGAGUAAAUGUGUCUGGAGAGAGAGAGAGAGAGAGAGAUGAUUAUGUUGCACAGUCUGUAGCAUGCUGAGGGAAUGAAGCACUUAAGAAAAGAUAAUGUUACUGUAUGCAGCCAUAAUUUUAUCAUAAAAAAUAAUAUGCCUAGUAAUCUUUUUUCUUCCAGAGUACGGUUGGCAGAAGAGAAGAGAAAGCUUUAGUCCGAAAAAUACGACUGAAUAUCUACUGUAACGAUCAAGUAGUCCUAUGACUUUCUUCCUUGUGCCUGCAUCAUGUCGUGUGUUACAGAAGACCGAGUACAGGGGAACAUUUUUGAGUUAUCUAAUGAUUCUUAAUUUCACAGAGAUGUAGGACAGGGAAGGGACAGUUGCACAACUCUUUUGGCUUAAAAGUUGAUGUGAGAGAAUUAUCGUGCAGUCUUUAGUUCGAUUGUUUUUUUUUGUUUUUAAUUUACCAAGAAGAGCAUCAUGUAAGUGUUGCUUAUUUUAUUUCUGAAGGAUGUUGCAAUCUCUUUUGUUUGUAUUGUUUAAACAGAAAGUGUGAACGUUGCUGUCCAAUUAUUUGAAUGUCUUUGUAGUGUUGCCUAAAAUUAAGGAGGAGAUAUAAAAAAACACACUUUUAAGCCA